AUGGUGGUCACUCUCAAGUCCAAGACGUUACCCUAUCUAAAGUUGGACGAUCCCAAGACACAAUCCUACCGUUUCUUGCCGUGGCAGUGGGUCUUUCAGUUUCAUUAUCUGACGUCUUAUGGUUGCAUCCGGCCUGUGUGCGACUCCAACUCCAAGUGGUGCGAGAAGGCGGCCAACGACCUCCUAGACGUUUUUGACGUACGGGAUCGCUCGCCAGCCACCACAAUCUUUGCGACAGACGAGGACAUAAAGGAAGGCCAGCUUCUUGUUCUCUUCCUCCUCCAUCGUAAAUUGUAUGUCCGGAAUGAUGCUGUUGAGAUGUUCCUUGAACGUGAGCACCUGAUUACAUUCGAUGACGACGAAGGUAUCAUCCUAAUACCGCGCCCAGAAUUUUGGUCCUUGUUGUACAUUGUGCAGUAA